UGUGCUGCUCAGCAGUGGAUCCAGUUGUGCUGCCGCUGCCCAGCGAAGUGCUGCUACAAGACUGCCACUCGGACCUUCCCCCGUGUCACCCCCACCGCUAACCAGUGGGACUACAAGAACAUAAUUGAGAAGCUGCAGGACAUCAUCACAGCUCUGGAGGAGCGGCUGAAGCCCCUGGUGCAGGCUGAGCUGUCGGUGUUGGUAGAUGUCCUGCACUGGCCUGAGCUGCUCUUCCUGGAGGGCAGUGAGGCCUACCAGCGCUGCGAGAGUGGGGGAUUCCUGUCCAAGCUGAUCCAGCAUACCAAGGACCUCAUGGAGUGAGAGAAGCUGUGCAUCAAGGUACUUCGGACCCUGCAGCAGAUGCUGCUCAAGAAGACCAAGAGCGGGGACCGGGGCAACCAGCUGCGCAAGAUGCUGCUGCAAAACUACCUCCAGAACCGGAAGUCCAGCUCUCGGGGGGACCUUCCAGACCCCAUGGGCACUGGCUUGGACCAAGACUGGUCAGCCAUUGCGGCUACCCAGUGCCGGCUGGACAAGGAGGGAGCCACCAAGCUGGUAUGUGACCUCAUCACCAGCACCAAGAACGAGAAGAUCUUCCAAGAGAGCAUUGGUUUGGCCAUCCGCCUGCUGGAUGGGGGCAACACUGAGAUCCAGAAAUCCUUCUACAAUCUGAUGACGAGUGACAAGAAGUCAGAGCGCUUCUUCAAGGUGCUGCAUGAUCGUAUGAAGCGGGCCCAGCAAGAGACCAAGUCCACAGUGGCUGUCAACAUGAAUGACCUGGGAAGCCAGCCACGUGAGGACCGGGAACCAGCAGACCCCUCGAACAAAGGCCGUGUGGCCUCUUUCUCCAUGCCUGGCUCCUCAUCCCGUUAUUUGCUGGGCCCCAGCCUGCACCGGGGGCACGAGGUGGGCGAGCGCGUGCAGAGCAACGAGAUGGGCUCGUCCGUGCUCAUCAUGCAGCCUAUCCUGCGCUUCCUGCAGCUGCUGUGUGAGAACCACAACCGCGACCUGCAGAACUUCCUGCGCUGUCAGAACAACAAGACCAACUACAACCUGGUGUGUGAGACGCUGCAGUUCCUGGACAUCAUGUGUGGCAGCACCACGGGGGGCCUGGGGCUGCUGGGACUCUACAUCAAUGAGGACAACGUGGGCCUUGUCAUCCAGACCUUGGAGACCCUCACCGAGUACUGCCAGGGUCCCUGUCAUGAGAACCAGACCUGCAUCGUGACACACGAGUCCAAUGGCAUUGACAUCAUCACUGCUCUGAUUCUCAAUGACAUCAGCCCCCUGUGCAAGUACCGUAUGGAUCUGGUGCUGCAACUCAAGGACAAUGCAUCCAAGCUGCUGCUGGCUCUGAUGGAGAGCCGGCAUGACGGUGAAAACGCGGAGCGAAUCCUCAUCAGCCUGCGUCCCCAGGAGCUGGUGGAUGUCAUCAAGAAGGCCUACCUGCAGGAGGAAGAGCGUGAAAACUCCGAGGUGAGCCCACGUGAAGUGGGCCACAACAUCUACAUCCUGGCUCUACAGCUUUCUAGGCACAACAAACAGCUGCAGCACCUGCUGAAGCCCGUGAAGCGUAUCCAAGAGGAGGAGGCUGAGGGCAUCUCUUCCAUGCUCAGCCUCAACAACAAGCAGCUGUCACAGAUGCUCAAGUCCUCUGUGCCUGCUCAGGAAGAGGAGGAGGACCCCCUGGCCUACUAUGAGAACCACACGUCACAGAUUGAGAUUGUGCGGCAGGACCGCAGCAUGGAGCAGAUUGUGUUCCCGGUGCCCGGCAUCUGCCAGUUCCUGACAGAGGAGACCAAGCACCGGCUCUACACCACCGAGCAGGACGAGCAGGGCAGCAAAGUGAGCGACUUCUUUGACCAGUCCUCCUUCCUGCACAACGAGAUGGAGUGGCAGCGCAAGCUCCGCAGCAUGCCGCUGAUCUACUGGUUCUCCCGCCGCAUGACCCUGUGGGGCAGCAUCUCCUUCAACCUGGCAGUGUUUAUCAACAUCAUCAUCGCCUUCUUCUACCCUUACGUAGAGGGUGCGUCCACAGGUGUACUGGGCUCCCCGCUCAUCUCGCUGCUCUUCUGGAUCCUCAUCUGCUUCUCUAUUGCGGCCCUGUUCACCAAGCGCUACAGCAUCCGGCCCCUCAUUGUGGCGCUCAUCUUGCGCUCCAUCUACUACCUGGGCAUUGGGCCCACGCUCAACAUUCUGGGGGCCCUCAAUCUGACCAACAAGAUCGUGUUUGUGGUGAGCUUCGUGGGCAACCGAGGCACCUUCAUCCGGGGCUAUAAGGCCAUGGUCAUGGACAUGGAAUUCCUCUACCACGUGGGCUACAUCCUGACCAGUGUCCUGGGCCUUUUUGCCCAUGAGCUGUUCUACAGCAUCCUGCUCUUUGACCUUAUCUACCGUGAGGAGACACUGUUCAAUGUCAUCAAGAGUGUGACCCGCAAUGGCCGUUCCAUCCUGCUGACUGCCCUGCUGGCCCUCAUCCUUGUUUACCUCUUCUCCAUUGUGGGCUUCCUCUUCCUGAAGGAUGACUUCAUUCUCGAGGUGGACCGGCUGCCCGGCAACCACUCCAGAGCCAGUCCCCUGAGGAUGCCACAUGGUACCGCCACAUUUGUGGGCGCGUGCAGCGGGGACCAGAUAGACUGUGUCGCGGGGGUCGCAGUGCCUGAGGUCCUGGAAGAGGACGAGGAGCUGGACAGCACGGAACGGGCCUGUGACACCCUGCUGAUGUGCAUCGUAACUGUCAUGAACCAUGGGCUGCGCAAUGGUGGUGGUGUGGGUGAUAUUCUCCGCAAGCCCUCCAAAGACGUAAGCACCCUGCUCCGCUCCCGAUUCCACAGAGCCUGGCUCCUCUCAAACAGCCAGUGCUGACACUCACUUCCCACACCCCUCCAAUUUCCAGCGACAUGCUCCUGAGCUGCCUCGCAAACCU